AUGCCGCCACGACGUGAUGAAGGCCCGCCCAUGUCUGCACGCGAGGCACGGGGACUCCGAUACGAGUCUGAAACGCCCAAAUUCUUACAGCAGCUGCAUGCACAGGUGCAUGGCACGCGGUUCGAGGCGGAGCGGUCACGUCCUCCGUCGAAGGCAGAUGAAACAGACCCCGUGCUGUCAUGGCUGGACCCUACGGGGGCUGCUACUUCGUCGUCAUCACGUGCUUCGCAGUCAGGUGGGAACACGGUGGAUGCCUACGACAGCGACAACGACCUAGAUUAUGCACAGAUUGUGGUCUUAAAAGAGGGGAAACACCUGACCGAAGAGCAGUAUCAGCAGACUAAGCAAGCGGCAGCGCAUUCCCCCACAUCUAUGCAAGGUACGUACUUUACUAAGUUCCACUGGUAUUGA